UGCAUCAGUGCACUACGGUGUUAUUUGUUUCCGAUUAGAGCAGUUGAGCUGAGUUAGCUUAGCUAUAGCAAGCAGUCAGCGAGCCCAAGUUCCUUCAAGCAGCUUUGCGUUUCGCUGUCAAGAUGCCCGCAAUGUUAGAGAAGGGCACCACCGAGAUUUCGGGUAAAAGGAGGGGCAGGAACUCUGUAAAUAAUCCGACCAAAAGUUUUACUUCAAACGGGAACAGUAACAAUUCAUGGGAGGAAGGAAGUUCGGGUUCCUCAAGUGAUGACGAGCAUGGUGCGGGCGGGAUGAGAGUUGGACCGCAGUAUCAGGCAGUUGUUCCCGAUUAUGACCCCGAAGUAGCAAAGGCGAGCCAUGAGAGGGAGAAUCUGGGAAUGCUGGUGUGGAUUCCCAAAACAAGUAUUCCAGAGGCCAAAUUGGAUGAAUAUAUUGCAAUAGCCAAAGAAAAACAUGGGUACAAUAUGGAGCAGGCAUUGGGCAUGCUGUUUUGGCACAAACACAACAUUGAAAAAUCUUUGGCAGAUCUCCCCAACUUCACCCCUUUUCCAGACGAGUGGACAGUUGAAGACAAGGUGCUGUUUGAACAGGGUUUCAGUUUUCAUGGAAAGACGUUUCACCGCAUCCAGCAGAUGCUUCCAGACAAGUCAAUUGCAAGCCUGGUUAGGUUUUAUUACUCAUGGAAGAAAACUCGGAGCAAAACGAGCGUGAUGGACCGCCAUGCACGCAAACAAAAGAGAGAGCGAGAAGAAAGUGAUGAAGAAGAAGAAAAUGGUAGCACCUCUCCAGGGGAUACAGAAUUGGAGCCUAAUAAGGAAGAGAAAAAAGAGGGAACUUCUGGAACCGAGAAACAAGAAUCAAAACCUGCAGUUGUGCAAAAGCCAGCAAUUCUUGCAGAGAAGCCAAUGCAUGUAAAGAAGGAAGCCCAGGGUCUUGCAGGGAGGAACCUGAACAGGGCUAAGAAAAAACCUCCCAAAGGAAUGUAUUUAAGUGCUGAUGAUGUGACUGCAAUGUCCAGCAGUGGCCCGGCUGCAGUUAGUGUGCUGAGAGGGCUGGAUAUGGAGCUCAUUGCCAUAAAACGUCAGAUUCAGAGCAUUAAACAGCACAAUAGUGCUCUCAGAGAAAAGCUGGACACUGGUGUGGAUGAUUUCAGGCCAUCUGAGUCGAAUCAGAAAUUUAAUACCCGCUGGACCACAGAAGAGCAGCUGCUUGCAGUGCAAGCUAUAAGGAAGUACGGGCGGGAUUUCCAGGCCAUUUCUGAUGUGAUCGGCAACAAGUCUGUGGUGCAAGUCAAAAACUUUUUUGUGAAUUACCGGCGUCGCUUCAACCUGGACGAGGUGCUGCAGGAGUGGGAAGCAGAGCACGGUGUGGAGGAACGCAAGGGUUUAGAUGAAGAGAAGAUGGAGGUGUCAUCUGAAGACGGCACAACCUCAGGGCCUGCAGAAAACCAAACAGAGGAACAAACGCCAAUGGAAACACAGAACCCUUCGGUUUCCUGAGUUCUCCAACAGCGGUUGGUCGAGCUCAGAUCGGUUGAUAAUCGCAGCUGUACGUGAGAGGCAUUAAGGCUUCAUAGGCCUCAAACGAAGUCUCUUCGUGAUGGACAUUCCCCCCUGCCCUAAAAUAAACCCUCCGACUUUCACUCCCUUGCUGAUUCCAGGACUCUGUAACAGGUGCUGCCGCAUGGGGGCGCACACUUUAUCACGGUAGGAACUAGGACACUUAACCAUCACUGCCAACAGUAGAGUUUCUGUGUGUUCUCUACGCGUCUGGCACUCCGGCAGUUCUCCACAAAUUAUAAUUGCGGGAAUAACAUGUUCAUAAACCCACCCUAAAGCCAUUGGACAGUUCAAUCUAAUUGAAUUAUGGUCUUGAAAGAUCUCAUGUCUAAAGGAGACACUUUACCAUUUCCUUUUUCUUGGAAUAUUCAGAGUAUUUGGUCCUAAUACAACAUCCCUUUCCAGUUACCUUUGAUUUUUUGCUAUUGUAGCAUAUUAUCUAGUCAUGAUUUAUUUUAAAAUAGAUUUUAGUUGAUUUCCGGUUGGAUUAUUAAGAUAUUUAUUUCCAUAAAUGGUGAAUAAAAACUGCACUAUAUAGAUAAAAGGAAAUGUCAGUGCAGAUGAAGUUAAAAUAAUUUUAAAAGCAAUUGUAAUAUACUUUUAAAAAUGAAAUGGAUAGCAGCUCAUAUAUUAUUCAAGCGAACUGGUUAGAAUUAGGUUAUAAUAUAUAAAUGUUUAAUCAUGGACCCUUGUACAUGGUGUAUUUGAAAUGCAUUUUAUCUCAAAAGGGUUCUUGGCUGCGGAUGUUGAUUGCAACAACGGCCGCAGCAAAGAGUUGUAAUGGAAUGGAAGUAUUUGUUUUGUUCUUGCUUGGAACUUUUAAAUCUUCUUUUAAACUGUUUUUGCAUGUGUGAACAGUUCCUUCAUGCCGAGGUCAAGCUUUCUAUUCCAAGUGUAGUUAGGAAUUUCAAAAUAUGGCAGCACAUUUAAAUUUUUACUUCCAUUCUUCCAGUUGUUCUUUUUCCCCAUUCAUCCUUCAUUAUUAUGGUGUUUGGAGAUAUAAACGGUAGAUACACUCAUUGUUUCUUUUGUAUGUUUAAUUUGAUAAAGGAAUAAGUUAUUUUAAAUACAUGCACUCUCUUUUGUUUUGACCAACUUUUCCCCUCUAAUAGCUGUAAUGGUACCAUACUAGUGUGAACUCCUUUUGAAACUUUUAUGUGUGCAGAUAACCUGUAUAUGGUUGGGGUGAAACUCUGUGUGUCUGUGUGUGUGGGUGCCACUGAUGUGCUCAUAGACUGGCCUGUAUAUGUAAACAGUUUAUGUCACAUUAGUCAUAAUAAAAUUAAGGGAAUCAUACUA